AUUGAAAGAAUGUCUACUUAUAGCAAUGAGAAUUUCCAAUCCAAUUGAAUUACACAAAACACUAUCUUGUAGUCUUUAAGGAGGGGAAAAGAAAGCUUAAUACUAUAAUUCCGUGAUCAGCUGCAUAAGGAAUGGAAAACGAAGCUGAAACUCUACAGAACAAAAGUAAAAAAGAAGAGAAUUUGCUAGGUGAAGCAUAUGCAGUAUCAGACAAACUGAUCAUGGAGGCAGACAACAAAGUCCAUCCAGCACCUGAGGUUGAAAGAACUUCAGAGGUUGAAAAUGUUAAGGAUCCCAUUCAAGGUAACAACGGAAAAACUGAGGGUGAAAAUAUUUUUGAAUCACCCUCAGUUGCCAAGGCUGUUGAAGAAAUUAGCAGUUCAAUGGAAGUCCAUGUGUCAGUCGAUACACCAAACAAGUCAGGCGAAGAGAUGUCAGGGAUUUCAUUCCACCUUGGGGAGAAAACAGAAGACCAAAAAGUAGAAAUCAGCUCAAACGAAAAUAUUUCUUCAAACGGAUACAUACAAAAUGUAAGAGAAUCAGCAACUAACUCGGACAAGGAUGAGGGAUGCAUGACACAAGAAAAACCCAACGGAGAUUUGACAAAGACAAUCUCAAGUCAGAUUGUACACAUGCUAAACUAUGAAGAGAGUUCCAUAGGACAUUUACCUGGUGACACGAAGGAUGAGAAAGCACUCAAAGAUGAGAAUGACUACGAUGAUGAUAGAAGUAUUUUCAUCUCCCCCCAAACAGAGUGCCAAACAGGAGAGGAUGAGAAAAAAGAGACAGGAGAUGGAGAGGGUGCUAAGAAUCUGCUUGUUAACCCAGUUGUUAAUGUUGUAGAAGAAACCAGAUUAGAUGAUGCUGAAUCAGAUACGAGCAGGAAACAUGGGGACAACUCAAUUGAGAAUGGAAACCAAGAAGCACAUCAGUUUAACGAAAUAAUAAUAAAUACAACAUCGAAGGACAUUGAUGAUAUUCAGAGCUCAGACAUAUUGGUAUCUUCGUUUACAGAAGAAAGAGAGGACAUAUCCCCCAAAGAAGAUACCAAUUCUGCACCAUUAAGAGACGUCAUCAGAACUGUCUCUGAGCAUGAUGCCAACACGAGCCGGCAUAGAGAAGAAAACCAAACCGAGAUGUUUGAGAAUGCCGCUAUAAUUGAUUGCAGAGCAAGUAAAGCAAAUGAGUCUGAAAAAACCCAUGUCCAAAUUGUUGAUGAUUCACAGGUAGCGUGCGAGGAAAAUGUGCAAAGGAAAACUGAACAGCUGGACAUGCCAGAAGGCUCAAAAGGAGAAAGUAGAGAUGACGAAGCAUCAGAAAUUGCAGCAGAAGGGCAGGAAAUUGCUGAAAUUCCAAAAGAUAACAAGUCAAAUGACAUCUUUUUGGAAAAUGAAGAGGAAAAGAAUCUCACUGAACUCUUGCAUGUCACUGAUGACGAGAUCGGAAACUCAUCGUUCGGGGAACUUAUAGAGACAACAUCCGACCAUAAGCUUGAUACAGCCACCAGUUCAGAAGAUAUCCAUGGUGGUUUGAAGGGAAAAUGCAACAUGGAUGACAGUAAGGAAGAGGUAACUCUCCUGGAAAUGAAUAUGCCAGUUGUAGACUCGAACGACAAGACGAACAAUGAAAUUUCAUGCAAUACCAAUCAUGAGGCUGUUGACUAUCCAGCAGUUGAGGAAAAACCUGAAGAACCAGCAGUUGAAGAAAAACAUGAAGAACCAACGGUUGAAGAGAAACCUAGAGAACCAGCGGUUAAGGAGAAACAUGAAGAACCAGCGAUUGAGGAAAAACCUGAAGAACCAGAGGUUGAGGAGAAACAUGGAAAACCAGCGGCUGAAGAGAAACCUAAAGAACUAGUAGUUGAAGAAAAAGCUGAAGAACCAACACGGGAAGAAACACCGGAAGAACUAGAAUUUGAAGAGAAACCUGAAGAACUAACUGUUGAAGAAACACCUGAACAAUUAGCAGUCGAAGAGAAAUCUGAAAAACCAGCGGUUAAAGAGGAGAAACUUGAAAAGGUAACUCUCUUGGAAAAGAAUAUGUCAGUUGUAGAUUUCAAUGACAAGACUGACAGUGAAAUUCCAUGCAAUACCAACAAUGAUGUUGCCGACUAUGUAUCAGUUGAGGCAAACCUUGAAGAACCAGUAGUUGAAGAAAAACCUGAAGAACCAACAGUUGAGAAGAAACCUGAAGAACCAGCUGUUGAAGAGAAGUCUGAAAAACCAUCAAUUGAGGAGAAACGUGAAACAUCAGCAUUUGAGAAGAAACCUGAAGAACCAACAAUUGAGGAGAAACCUGAAGAACACACAAUUGAAGAGGAGAAACCGGAAAGGGUAACUCUCCCGGAAAAGUUCUUCUUGCAGAGUAUGCCAGUUGUAGUCUCGAACGACAAAACUGACAGUAAAAUUCCAAGCAUUACCAACAAUAAUGCUCCUCACUUUUCAGAAGUUGAGGAAAACCCUGAAGAACCUGCAGUUAAAGAAAAACCUGAAGAACCAGUUGAGGAGAAACCUGAAGAACCAACGGUUGAGGAGAAAUCUGAAGAACCAGUUGAGGAGAAACCUGAAGAACCAACAGCUGAAGAGAAACCUGAAGAACCAGCAGCUAAAGAAAAACAAGUGCUAGUAGGGGAAGAAACAGCUGAAGAACUAGCGCUCGAAGAGAAAUCUGAAGAACUAACGAUUGAACAGACAGAUAAAGAACUAGUUGUUGAAGAUAAAACUGAAAAACCAGCAAAUAAAGAGGAGAAACCUGAAACGAAUUUGCCCAUUGCAGACGCCAAGGACAAAACUGACAAUGCAAUUCCAUGCGAUACCAACAAUGAUAUUGCUGACUAUGCAAAAGUUGAGGAAAAACCUGAAGAACCUGCAAUUGAAAAGAAAUUUGAAGAAUCAGCGGUUAUGGAGAAACCUGAAGAACCAGCGGUUAAGGUAAAACCUGAAGAACCAGCAGUGGAAGAAAAACCUGAAGAGCCAAUGGUUGGGGAAAAACUUGAAGAACCAGCAGUUAAUGAGGAACCUGAAAAUUCAGCGAUGGAAGAGAAACCUGAAGAACCAAUUGUUGAGGAGAAACUUGAAGAACCAACUGUUGAAGAGAAACCUGAAAAACCACUGAUUGAAGAAACACCUGAAGAACCAACAUGGGAAGAACCUAAAGAACUAGCAUUUGAAGAGAAACCAAAAGAACCAGCAGUUGAAGAGGAGAAACCUGAAAAGGUAACUCUUUUGGAAGAGAAUAUGCCAGCUGUAGAUCUCAACGACAAGACUGACAGUGAAAUUCCAUGCAAUACCAACAAUGAUGUUGCUGAAUGUGUAGCAGUUGAGGAAAACCUUAAAGAACCAGUAGUUGAAGAAAAACAUGAAGAACCAACAGUUGAGGAGAAAUCUGAAGAACUAGCAGUUGAAGAGAAACCCGAAGAAACAACAAUCGAGGAGAAACAUGAAGAACCAAUAGUUGAGAAGAAACCUGAAGAACCAGUAGUUGAGGAGAAACCUGAAGAACCAACGGUUGAAGAGAAACCUGAAGAACCAAUAAUUGAAGAGGAGAAAUCUGAAAGGGUAACUUUUCUAGAAAAGAGUAUGCUAGUUGUAGACUCGAACGACAAGACUGACAGUGAAAUUCCAUGCAAUACCAACAAUGAUGCUGCCCACUUUCUAGAAGUUGAGGAAAACCCUGAAGAACCAGCAGUUGAAGGAAACCCUAAAGAACCCAUUGAUGAAGAGAAACCGGACGUACCAGUGGUUGAGAAACCUGAAAAACAAAUGGUUGAGGAGAAACUUGAAGAACCAAUGAUUGAGGAGAAAUCUGAUGAACUAGUCGAGGAGAAAUCUCAACAACCAGUGGCUGAUAAGAAACCUAAAGAACCAGCAGCUAAAGAAUCACCUAAAGAGCUAUUAGGGGAGGAAACACCCGAAGAACUAGCACUUGAGAAACUUAAAGAACCAACAGUUGAAGAGAUACCUAAAGAACUAGUUCUUGAAGAUAAACCUGAAAACCCAGAAAAUGAAGAGGAUAAACUUGAAACAGUAACUCUCCAGGAAAAGAAUUUACCAAUUGCAGACUCAAAGGACAAGACUGACAAUGCAACUCCCUGCAAUAACAACAAUGAUAUUGCUGACUAUGCAGCAGUUAAGGAAAAAACUGAAGAACCAGUGGUUGAGGAAAAACAUGAAGCGGCAACUGCAGAGAAAUCUGAAGAAUCAGCAUUUAUGAAAAAACCUGAAGAACUAGCGGUUGAGGUAAAACCUGAAGAACCAUCAGUGGAAGAGAAGCCUGAAGAACCAGCAGUUAAUGAGGAACCUGAACUAUCAGCAACGGAAGAGAAACCUGAAGAACCAAUUGUUGAGGAGAAACUUGAAGAACCAACUCUUGAAGAGAAACCUGGAAAACCAGUAAUUGAAGAAACACCUGAAGAACCAACACUGGAAGUAACACCUAAAGAACAAGCAUUCAAAGAGAAACAUGAAGAACCAGUUGAAGAGGAAAAAUCUGAUAAGGUAACUCUUUUGGAAAAGAAUAUACCAGUUGUAGAUUUCAAUGAUAAGACUGACAGUCAAAUUCCAUGCAAUACCAACGAUGAUGUUGCUGAAUACGUAGCAGUUGAGGAAAACCUUGAAGAACCAGCAGUUGAAGAAAAACAUGAAGGACCAACAGUUGAGGAGAAACCUGAAGAAUUAGCGGUUGAAGAGAAACCUGAAAAAACAGCAAUUGAGGAGAAACGUGAAGAACCAAUAAUUGAGAAGAAACCUAAAGAACCAGCAGUUGAGGAGAAACCUGAAGAACAAACCGUUGAAGAGAAACUUGAAGAACCAACAAUUGAAGAUGAGAAACAUGAAAGGGUAACUCUCCUAGAAAAGAAUAUGCCAGUUGUAGACUCAAACGACAAGACUGACUGUGAAAUUCCAUGCAACACCAACAAUGAUGUUGCUUACUAUCCAGCAGUUGAGGAAAAUCUUGAAAAAACAGCAAUUGAGGAAACAACUGAUGAACCAGUGGUUGAAGAGAAACCUGAUGUACCAGCAUUUAAGGAGAAACCUGAAGUACCAACGAUUGAGCAGAAACUUGAAGAGUUAGCAGGAGAGGAAACACAUGAAGAACUAGCAGUUGAAGAGAAACUAGAAGAACCAAUUACUGAAGAGACAGCUGCAGAACUAGUGAUUGAAGAGAAACAUGAAAACCUAGCAAUUGAAGAGGAGAAACCUGAAACAGAAGCUCUCCUAAAGAAGAAUAUGCCAAUUGUAGACUCAAAGGACAAGAUUGACAUUAAAAGUCCAGGCAAUAUCAACAAUGAUGGUGCUUACUAUCCAGCAGUUGAAGAAAAACAUGAAGAACAAGCAAUUGAAGAGAAACCUGAAGAACCAGUGGCUACGGAGAAACCUGAAGAACCAGCGAUUAAGGAAAAAGCUGAUGAACCAACAGUGCAAGAGAAACUUGUAGAACCAGCAGUCGAGGAGAAACUCGACGAACCAGCAGUUGGAGAGAAAUCAGAAGAACCAGUAGUUGAACAAACUCCUGCAGGACCAGCAUGGGAAGAAACACCUAAAGAACUAGCAUUUGAAGAGAAACCUGAAGAACCAGCAGUUGAAGAAACACCUGAAGAACAAGCAGUUGAAAAGAACCCUGAAAAACCAGCAGUCGGCGAGAACCAUGAAAAAGUAACUCUCUUGGAAAAGAAUAUACCAAUUAUAGAGGUAAACGAGAAGAAUGACAGCGCAACUCCAUGCAAUACCAACAAUGAUGUUGCUGACUAUCCAGAAGUUGAGGAAAAACCUGAAGAACCAGCAAUUGAGAAAAACCCUGAAGAACCAAUGGCUAAGGAGAAACUUGAAGAACCAAUUGUUGAGGAUAAACCUGAAAAAUCAGUUAUAGAGGAGAAAUCUGAAAAACUAGCAACUGAAGAAACACUUGAAGAGCAAGCAGGGGAGGAAACACCUGAAGCACUAGCAGUUGAAGAGAAACCUGACGAAUCAGCAGUUGAAGAGACAGUUGAAGAACCAGCUAUUGAACAGAAACCUAAAAAAACAGCAGUUGAGAAAGAGAAACCUGAAGCCGUAACUCCCCUGGAAAAGAAUAUGCCAGUUGUAGAUUCAAAGGACAAGAUUAACAGUGAAAUUCCAUGCAAUGCCAACAAUAAUGUUUCUGACUAUCCAGCAGUUGAGGCAAAACCAGAAGAACUAGCAGUUGAAAAAAAAUAUGAAGAAACAGCAGUUACAUUGGAGAAACCUGCAGAACUAGCAGUUGAGGAGACACCUGAAAAAUCAGUAGUUGAAGAGAAGCCUGAAAAACCAGCAGCACGGGAAGAAACACUUGAAGAACCAGCAUGGGAAGAAAGACCUGAAGAACCAAGAGUUGAAGAGAAACCUGAAGAAGUAGCAGUUGAAGAGAAACUUGAUAAACCAUCAACUGAAAAAGAGAACCCUGAAAAGGUAACUUUUCGCGAAAAGAAUAUGUCUGUUGUAGACUCAAAUGGUAAGACUGGCAGUAAAAUUACAUGCAAUACCAAAAAAGAUGUUGCUGAUAAUCCAGCAGUUGAGGAUGAAGAACCAGCAGUUGAGGAGAAACCUGAAGAACCAGCAAUUGAAGGAAAACUUGAGAAACUGGCAGUUGAAGAUAAACUUGAGGAACCAGCAGUUGAACAGAACCCUGAGGAAACAGCAGUUGAACAGAACCCUGAGGAACCACCAGUUGAAGAAAAAACUGAGGAACCAGUAGUUGACGAAAAAGCUGAAGAACUAGUGGUUGAAGAGAAACUUGAUGAACCAUCAGUCAAAGAAAAGCCGGAAGAACAAAGCAGGGAAGUAACUGAAGCUCCCAUAAAAGAGGCAAAUCAUAACCAGAAUGCAAAUGAAGCAAGCAGCAGUCCGCCAACAGCUAUUCUAAGCCAUCUGCCUGCUCAAGGGACAACAAUGACCAACCCAAUAUUGGGAGAACCAAUUAGUAUUGACGAACCUAAAAAUGUGCAACAGCUAGAUUCUCGAGAAAUAUCAGAAAUUGAUGAUGCAAUGCAGAGAGAUGAAGUGAACAUAAAGCAGAAGGAUGAGGCUUCUUUCACUUUAGAACAGAAGUUUACACCACAGAGUGAUGACAAUCAAAAUACUUCGACAGGGGAUAGUUUCUUAAAUAAGAACAUGUUCGCUGAAGGUGAAGCUGUGCGCAUUAAUAAUCAAGAGCGUCUAAUCAGGCAAGAAACUUCAGGAAGCACAAAAUCUGAGAUAAAUCCAAAUUCAAGUAAAGGAACAGAAAAUGAGGUAAACGAGCAUCCAGAAGGACCAGAAGUACCAAAACAAACUGAUGAAAUGGAAAAAUGUAUAGUACAGACGCAAGAAGUUUCCGUUCGCAACCAGGAAGAACUGUUUGUUGAAGAAAAAAAGAGAUCUUGUGAAGAGGUUGAAACAGAGAUAAACAAACUUAAAGAUAUAAAUUCUGGUGAUGGGACAAAUAAAAACAUUAUGGAAAAAGAAGAAAAGACUCUGGACAAAAUUCUGACGUCCACCAAAGAAGAAAUUGGUACCAAAAACUCUGAAGAAGGCCAAGUGGUUUCAGAGAUUCCCAGUCAAGAGAACUUUCAACAAGCUAAUUUAAUCAGAGAUGAAGCUUUAUUGAAAGAUGAGCAUGGAGUCGAGAACUUCAUGGUAGUUUCUUCAGAAGAAAUUAGUUGUGAAGGCUCUAUUGAAAAGAAUAUGCCAUCUGUAGACUCAAACAACAAGACUGACGGUGAAAUUUCAUGCAAUACCGACAAUGAUUUUGCUGACCAUCCGGCAGUUGCAGAAAAACCCGAUGAUUCAGCAGUUGAAGAGAAACCCGAGGAAUGGAUAGUUGAAGAGAAACUGGAAGAAACAGCCGUUGAGAAGAAACCCGAAGAACCAAAAGUUGAGGAGAAACUCGAAGAACCAGCAGUUGAGGAGAAACCUGACAAACCAGCUGUUGAAGGGACACCUGAAGAACAUGCAGUGAAAGAAACACCUAAACAACCAACGGUUGAAGAGAAACCUCAAGAACCAGCAAUUCAAGAGAAACCUCAAGAACCAGCAAUUCAAGAGAAACCUCAAGAACCAACAAUUGAUGAAGAACUUGAAGAACCAACAGUUGCGGAGAAACCCGAAGAAUCAGCAUUUAAAGAAAAACAUGUAGAACCAGCAGUUGAUGAAAAACGUAAAGAACCACAAGUUGAAGAAAAACAUGAGGAACCAGCAGUUGAAGAAAAAACUGAAGAACCAACAGUUGAAGAAAAACCUAAAGAGCCAAAAGCUGAGGAGAAACCUGAAGAACCAGCGGUUGAGGAGAAACCCGAAGAACCAGCAGUGAAAGAAACACCUGAAGAACCAGCAGUUAAAGAGACACCUGAGGAACUACCAGUUGAAGAGAAACCUGAGGAACCAGCAACUGAAGAGAAACCUGAAGAACCAGUAGCUGACAAAAAACUUGAGGAACCAACAAUUGAGGAGAAACCUGAAGAAUCAACAGUUGAAAAGCCUGAAGAACCAGCAGUUGAUGAAAAAGGUGAAGAACCGUCAGUUGAAGAAAUACCUGAGGAAUCGGCAGUUGAAAAUUUUGAAGAAGCAGCAGUAGAAGAGAAACCUGAAGAAUCAGCAGUUAAGGAAAUAAAUGAAGUACCACCCAUUGAAGAAAAACCCGAGGACCAAGCAGUUGAAGAGAAACCUAAAGAACUAACAGUUGAAGAGAAACUUGAAGAACCAAUAAUUGAAGAGAAACCUAAAGAACCACCAGUUGGAGAAGAACCCAAAGAACAAAACAGGGAAGAUACUCAAGCUGCCACAGAAAGAAUUGAUGAAUAUAGAACACAUAUAGUAGAGAAAGAAGAAGCUUUGACUGGAAAACAGACAGAACUGUUUGUCGAAGAAACAACUAGACUUUGCAAAGAAGUUGAAACUGAGAUAAAAGAACUAAAAGAUGUCAAUGCUGGUGAUGAGACAAAUAAGAAUGUCCUAGGAAAAGAAGAAACGACUCUUGAUGAGCUUCUAACAUCAGCCAAAGAAGAGAUGGCAGCAAAUAACUUUGAAGAAGGCAAAGUGGUUUCAGAAACCCCCAAUCAAGAGAACACUCAGCAAGCCAAUCUGACAAUAGAAGAGGUUAAAGACACGCGUGGAGCAGAGAACUUCGUUGCACUUUUUUUAGAAGAAAAGAGGGUGGAGGACUCUACUGAAAAGAACUUUCAGCAAGACAAUCUAACCACAGAAGAGGUUAAAGACACGAGUGGAGCAGAGAACUUCAUUGCACUUUCUUCAGAAGAAAAGAGGGUGGAGGACUCUACAGAAAAGGUUGAAAGCUCUAAUAUCGGGUUCCAAAAUCAUAAUAAGGACAACACAGCUGCAGAUAAGCUUGAGCUACAAAACAGAGAGACAGAUAUUGGCCAUAUGCUCGAUACUCCGGUUGAAAAAGAAACAAAUGGAAGAAACAGUGAAAAGAUAUCUGAAUCCACAGAAGAACUUAUCCAUCGGACAGCUGAGAUUUGUGAAGAUAACGAAGCAGCAGUAGUUACGGACACCAAUACGUUACAAAGCUGUGCAGAUCCACAGGAACAACUGAAGCAUCAGUUAGCUGAGGUAUGUGAAGAGAAACAGGCAGUAGGAAUAGCAGACACCAAUUCUUUACAAAGGUCUGCAGACCAUGAGAAGCCUUACAGUGCACCUGCUCAGGAGAUCAUUGACAAAUCAAAAACAGAGGAUGUUUCCUGUGCGGAUUGCAAUGAAGAGGAAAAUAGCAUCAGCACCAAACAGGAGAAGUUAAAACAGGAAGAAAAUCCAGAAGUGAAGACAGCUGAAAAUUUUGACAAGAGAGAGGAAAACCAAAGCAUAAUGAUGUCAGAAGGAGCUGAAAUGGAUGAUUACAAGCAGCAUAUAAAGUGCAACACAUGUGCAGUCAUGAAUACAGAAGAGCAUAAUGAAGAUUCACCUGCUGGGAAACAAACAUCCGAAAAGCUAGAAGAACCGGGAAAAAUUAAUAUCGAUGACAACAACAACGUUAAUCAUGGAAAUACUGAGAUAGACCUUCCAGAAGAGGCUAAGGAAUCAAAGGGCGAAUGUGUUAUGAUGGAAAUCAAGACUCCAAUUAAAGAGGAGGAACAAGAAGAUUUAAGAGAGAGCACUGGCGAAGACUCCUCAAGCAACAACACAACACAUGUGCAACAAGAGAAGGGAACAACAAUAAGUGGACCUGAAAGAGGAACUUUGAAACCUUUUGGAUCAGAACAAAAAACAGCAGCAGGUCUUGAAGAGAUGAUAACAAGCAAUGGAACAAAAGAAACAGAGAAAGAAGAAGUAAAGACUGAAAAUGUUCCAAGUGUCCAAGUAGGAUGCGAACAAGAGGAAAAAACAAGGGAUGAUUGGGAAGAAAUAACAGAACAUUUCACAUCAUUGGAAUCCGUUAAGGUUCCCGAAAAGGAGAUAGCAACGGAUAACAUGGUGAGCAAUGAAAUCAAUGUAGCUAAGCAGAUACAAGAGCAAGCAGCAUAUCCUUUACUUGCAUUGGAGAGGGUGGAAACUGAUCCAACCGGCAGCACGGAUGUCAAUGGCACACCCAAAGACAGCAUUACCCCACUAGUGCAACUGGGUGCAAUGGCCAAAAGUAUCCAGAACAUGCAGGAAAAAUGCAAAACUUCAGAAACAGAAGAGGAUCAGGAAAAUUACAAAAACGAGAAAGGGGUAGAAUGUGAUUUAGAAGAAGCACCAGAGGAAUCCAGAUCAAGAGAGACACAAGCUAAGGCCGCACUUCCUGGCCUUCUGCAUGAAUCAGUAAAAGAGACAUCAAAAAUGGAGGAAAGUUUUGCUGAAGAAAAAGCGGUAAUGAUCAAUAAAGAAGACCUGCAGGCACACAAAACUGAAGAGUCUGAAGAUGAAGAAGAAAUAACUGAUAAGGAAAAAGACAAUGACAAAGAUGAGGAAGGAAGUCAACAAACAAGAGAAGAGUCGUGUUCUGAAGGUCCAGUCAUGGUAGAAGUCUCGAGAGAUGCUGAUAUCAGAGUUCCUCACAAGAAACAUCAGAAUAUAUUGUCAGGAGUUGGAUCAAAAGUCAAGCACUCAAUUGCAAAGGUGAAGAAAGCCAUUACUGGUAAGUCCUCUCAGAGCAAGCCACCAUCACCCAAAUAAGACGGAAAAAGAUGAUCAUGACUUUACAUAAUACAAAGUCAUAAGUUCUCCAGAAUAGUAAGUGAAAAGAUUUUUAGCAAUUCAAGUUCUCAAUAAUGUACAAAAGUUGGUCCACAAUGUGAAAUCUUAUUGUAUUAUGAAUUAUUUAAUUAUCAAAUACAUAGUGGCAACUUCUCAAUGA